GUGUGCCUUUCCUGCCAGGGGAGGGUCCUGGAUUAACUCAGCUCUGUCUGCCUCAUACCAAACGCUGUGCUGAUAUCUGCUGCCGGAGGAUAAACUGUAGCCUCACUGGCUGCCCAGCUAACCUACAGUCUGACGCCUGCUGUAGUUUAUAUAGGCAUACUGCAGUGGAGAGCAAGAGGAGGAGUUUGUUUUCUGUUUCUGUAUAGAGAAAGAGAGGAAGGGAGGAGUGAGAAAGAACGCUAACUUGAUCAGAUCUGGUGGUUUUCUGCUUUAGGGAGAGAAAAACAGAAUAACAGAAAACGAAAGAGAAAAGAUCCUGAGUCAGGCUAAAGGGCCUGAUGGGAGAUAUGUACAAGGUUUAGCGCAGCAUGUCCAUUGGAGCGAGGCACCCAGAGGCCGAGACAGGAUUUGUUCCAAGCGUCCAAGAUUUUGACAAGAAGCUCGCUGAAGCAGAUGCCUACCUACAGAUUUUGAUUGACCAGUUAAAGCUGUUUGAUGAGAAGAUCAAGGACUGCAAAGAGGAUGAAUCACGCAGAAAAAUUGAGACUUUGAAAGAGACUACUUGUAGUAUGGUAGAGUCCAUCAAGCACUGUAUUGUACUGCUGCAAAUCGCCAAGGACCAAAGUAACGAACAGCAACACGCAAACGGACUUAUAAGCACCAUUAACCCAGUGGAUGGGAUCUACCAGCCCUCUCUGGACACUCCUGUAGUUAACACCACGAUGCCAACACAGACCACACUACCCACAGACGCGUCUCAGGUGUGUAAAUCAGACCAACGUCCCUCUACGUUACCAGUUGGUCCCGUCGUCACGGUGAUGGGCAGUCUGCAGACCCCAACUCCCAACAGCACAGGGAGUGGCCCGUCAGGCCCCAGCAGUGGCGUUGCCUCCCCAGCUCACAUUCCCCUCCCCUCGCACUCGGUGCCAGACUUCUCCUACUCAUCCAGUGAGGAUGAAUUCUACGACGCUGAUGAGUUCUACCAGAGCACCACUUCCCCCAAACACUGCUUAGAUCCCUCAGCCCCAGCGGCCUCGCCCCUCACUAAUGAAGAAACAGCAUUGAAACGACCAGACACCACAGAAUCUCUCAACUCGUCUAUGUCUAACGGCACCACAGAUGCAGACCCAUUUGAUAGCCACGAUGACCGCGAUGAUGAUGGUGAGGGAGAAUCUGUGGAGGAGCACAAGAGCGUCAUCAUGCAUCUGCUCUCUCAAGUCCGUUUGGGCAUGGACCUCACUAAGGUUGUCCUGCCUACCUUCAUCCUAGAAAGGAGGUCUUUGUUAGAAAUGUAUGCAGACUUCUUUGCACAUCCUGACUUAUUUGUAAGUAUCGCAGAGCAGGAAGAGGCCCGGGACCGCAUGGUUCAUGUGGUAAAAUGGUACCUGUCAGCCUUCCAUGCAGGGAGGAAAGGCUCAGUGGCCAAAAAGCCUUACAACCCAAUCCUGGGAGAAGUCUUCUACUGCCACUGGGAUCUGCCCUGCGAGACAGAGGAGCCUCCUCCACCUACGGAAACGGUAUCAGAUGGUCCAGUUCCCUGGUCUUCAUCCAAUAGUGUGUGUUUUGUGGCAGAGCAGGUCUCUCACCACCCACCUAUUUCUGCAUUCUACGCAGAAUGUUUAAAUAAGAAGAUCCAGUUCAAUGCUCACAUCUGGACCAAGUCCAAGUUCCUAGGCAUGUCCAUAGGUGUUCAUAAUAUUGGCCAAGGCUGUGUGACAUGCUUGGAACACGAUGAACAUUACAUCCUCACCUUUCCAAAUGGUUACGGCAGGUCGAUUCUGACUGUCCCAUGGGUGGAGCUGGGAGGGGAGUGCAACAUCUCAUGCUCCAAGUCAGGCUACAGUGCUAACAUCGUGUUCCACACCAAACCAUUCUACGGAGGCAAGAAGCACAGGAUCACAGCUGAGAUUUUCGCACCUAAUGAUAAGAAGUCAUUCUGUUCUAUAGAAGGGGAAUGGAACGGUGUGAUGUACGCCAAGUGGGCAACUGGAGAGAACACAGUCUUCAUAGACACUAAGAGGUUGGGCAUCAUUAAGAAGAAAGUGAGGAAGUUGGAAGACCAGCUGGACUACGAGUCCCGAAGACUAUGGAGAGAUGUGACGCUCAACCUGAAACUGAAAGCCAUUGACUCAGCGACAGACGCCAAACACCGGUUGGAGGAGAAACAGAGAGCUGAAGCCAGAGAGAGGAAGGAGAACGAGCAACAGUGGGAGACCAGGCUAUUCCACGAGGACGGCGAGUGCUGGGUCUACGAUGAGCCUCUAUUAAAGAGAUUCGCCUCGCAGAGGCACUGAGAAGACUACGCACACUCUGAUACACACACACACAUAAGCAUAAAGAAAUGCACACACAGCAGAGUCUUCAUAAGAACUCUUUUGCAAAAAACACUUCAUAUCCAAGCCUUGGAAUGACUGAUGAUUGAAUAUGUACACAGCUUUGCAUUUGACUGUAAAACCAUAUGGAAAUGAAUGAAAUCAAAUGGAAAAGCAUCUAAGAUGUAACAUGAAAAUUAGUAAACGCUCGUCUCCUUAUUUGGGCAAUCUCACUUCCACCGCCACCGAUACCCACCACCCACCAACAUGAGACUCUGCGGCACAGAGUGGAGACAGGUGUCAUCGCCGCUCAACUUUGUCCAUCAGUUUCGAGACCACAUCCUUCAUCAGCUCCACAGGACGAGCCUGAGCAGCACUCGUUUCCCUUCAUACAUGGGGGUUUUUUUUAGGGAGGGCGGGCAAAGUGUGUGUGGCUGACGGUGUUCAAAUCAAAUAAACCUUGACAAAUAAAACAGCGCUCUACAUCUCAGGGAAUCUGGUGACUGAGGAAAGAAAGCUGCUGCCCCCUCCAAGAGUCUGACAGCCUUUUAAUGGUGGAAUGGAUUAAUCUUAAAGGGGCGGAGGAGAAACUCUCUGCUUGCCUGCAACUAGUUAUAACUGUUGUUUAUAUAUAGAUAUACAUAUGAUGGAUAUAUAAAUAUAUAUUCUUUUUUA